AUGGCUUCAGGUGUGGAAAUCACCAAUAUCGAUGAAACGAUCGAUUUCAGGAAAAACGAACGAUUCCAUUUGUACCCAGAUGAAAGACUCAAGGUAAUAUCCAUACUAUCAGGAUCAGUGGGGGUAUUAUCAGGAUUUUAUGAAGGAAUUAAAAUUCAAUCUUUAAGAUACUUAACAGAAAAUAGUCACAGAUUACCACGUAAUGUAGGUGGUUGGUACUUUUAUCAUAAGAAGAAGAAUUAUGUCAUGAUAACUCAUGGUUUGAAGACAGGUUUCAGACAUGGGAUCAAAUAUAGUGGUUUAGUUACUGGGUUCUUUGGUUUAGAGUAUCUCGGUGAUUAUUUGAGAGGUAUCGAUUUCUUGAACACCACCAUAUCUUCAACUAUCUUUUUCACUGGGUAUGGUGUUUAUAAGAGAUUAAGUAGAGUCCAGGUCAUGAAUUUCGGUGGAAGAGGAUUGAUUUUUGGUACUUUAUUGGGCUUGGGUCAAGAUUUAAUGAGAUAUAAUAGAGGUGGUGAUGUUUGGUACUUGCAAAAACCUUUGUAA